AAUAGAUUUUUUUUUAUUAUUUUACUACUUAUCGUAAAAGUCUGACUUUUGUUUGGAUUUUAACGCGGACGACGACGCCCGUGACACGGAUAAACGCGCGACGAUCAGCACGCAAUACACUGAAUCAAAACAAGAUUUUGAAUCGGGGACUUGUUAAUGUUGUGCCGGGGGCAGGCAGGACUGUCAGGUAGCGUAAAAAAACGAGACUGCACGUCUGGUGCACGUGUCGCGCCGGCUGUGUUAUGUAGUGUGUACUAACGUACUAUUAUAAUGUCAGAUAGGGUCGAUUUAUUACGAAUGGGAAGCAGGUGUGCGAUUGGGGGCCUAAUGGUGAUUGAAAAUUAUAUUUAAAAAAAUGUAUUUCACGCAAAAAUUCUGAUGUGAUUGGAGUUUCAUAAAAGCACCGAGAAAAGUAUGAAAGAAAAAUUCAUAAAUAAUCCUUGAACCCUUUGUUAUGAAAAUACUCGAAAUCCAACAAACUUAAUGUCAAUUUUAAAUAUUUCCGCUCAAUUCAUCUUUCCUCCACGCGAGGGCGCGACUGCAGAAAGGCCAAAAAACAAAACACAGUCAACUCAGCAAGGUGAAAGCGCGUCGUCUGCUUCAGAAUUGAGUCAUAUUUAACCUCCCUCACAGUGGAUGCCUGAAAGCGUGUGUGUACUGUGCAGGUCAGUUCAUCCAACGUACUUCGGUAGACACGUGUUUACUCGGAAGAUUAUAUUUUGUUUAUUGAGGAAAAGUAAAUAUUGUGAUUUCAAAACAUGAAAGUCAAGAGCAAUAAUAAACGCAAAAGAAGUGACAGUUCCAGUCAAAAGCAGGGUUCGUCUAACGAUCCCGAUAAAUACGUGGCCUUUAAAUUGAAAAAGAUGAGAGGCAUCGAUAAAAAAGAGGAGCCCGGAAAACCAUCGAGUGCUAAAAAGAAGGGUACAAUGAUUUCUAGUAAAAAAAGCUCUUCAGGAGUAGUUGGGAAACCAGUUCUGUAUCAAAAACCAGAAAUGGAUGUUGAAAUUAUCGAUGGUGUAGAGAUUAGGACUCCUAAAAAUUACAAUUUAAGUAGCCCAUCUAAAGAGCCCACAAAAAGUAUAAAUAAUACAAGAAAGCCAACAAAGACUAAUUCUGCGACAUUUCCUGAUAUAGGAAAACCAUUAAUUAUAGAAGCUCAUCUUAAAAAGUCCACAAAAUCUUAUUAUCCUUCUUUCUUUUCAACACCAUCACAAUUCUUAGAAAGUGAUCCGUGUUUGAAAGAAGGAGGAUUAGAAUAUCAGAUGUUACAACAAAUAGCUAAUUCAGGUUGUAAAACAGAAGAAGAAUUAGUUCAAUGUUUCAUGCAAAACCUUGACGUUGUCGCAAACAAACAAACUAAACAAAACUCUAACAAUUCAUCUCAAGAAAUGAAAAAAUUCUAUCAAGAAUGCAACAAACUUUCUAGGAGUCCAACUAAAAAAUGUUGUGAAAAUAAGUGUAAAAAACGUAAUAAUAAUACAAAUGAAAAAGCUGAUGAAAGUGCAGCAAAAAAAUGUCAUGAUGUUGCCAACACAAAAUUAAAUGAAAGCGUGUCAAAAAAAUCAGACGAGAAUGCAACUGAAAAAUCUGCUAGUGAGACUAUCACAUCCAAUUUAAAUGAUUCAAUCAUUGAGUCUGUUGAACAAAUGCCGAGAACUCCAAGGCUAAAUGCUGUUGAAAAUAAACCAAUUAAUAAUUCACAAAACAACAGAAUACACUUUUUCUGUUUGAAAGACAAAGUAGUUGUGAUAAUGCGUCCUUGCACACAAUUCACUUUUCUAGGAAAACUAAAAUUAAAAGUAUUGUACGGAGUUGUUGGUUUGUACGGAGCAAAAUGUGAUAAAAAGAAUACAGAAUAUCCUGUAGAAAUUUAUUCACCCAAAGGAUAUGGUUCCAUCAGCAUCUAUAAUGAAGAUACAAAGAAAAGUGAUUCAGAUAAUGCAGAUAUAAAGAAAAGUAAUUCAGAAAAUCCUUCCACCCCAGAAGACAAAGAAUACAUGUGGAAUAUUUUAACAACUGAAGGAGUUGACAGAAAUUUAACCACACCAUUGCAUGAAAUGUUAGAGGAGUGUGACAAAGAAUGGUCUGUCAUUUUGUUGGAAAAUUUGGAAAAUACUUUGACUAAAUUUUUAAACGUCUACUUCCCAUUUAAAUUAUUCCCUAAAGUGGACUUGGUCAAAUACUCAUGGACAGACUUCAGAAGAGCUGAAUUUGUUUUACAAAGUAACUUGAACUUAUCCAAAUCUGAUGAGAUGUCAAUUGGUUCUUUCUGGAGUACCGAGAUUCAAUCAAAAUUCAUGUGCGAAACUGAAUCUGAUACUACAGAUUCAGCUGAACCUGAACAGGUCCAACCUGAACAGGUCCAACCUGAACAGACGUGCAUGAUGGUCACAGGUGGAAAAGGAGUUGGAAAAUCCACAACUGUCAGAUAUCUCAUAAACAGUUAUCUGCAGACAUCAGACAAAGUCAUACUUCUAGAUUUAGAUCCUGGCCAAGCUGAAAUGACUUAUCCUGGUUGCGUAUCUUUGAGUAUCAUCGAGGAACCUUUGUUGGGACCUAAUUUUACCCAUUUAAAACACCCGUAUUAUCAACACUGCUUGGACGAAGUGAACGUUUCCAAUUGUAUCCCUAGAUACAUAAAUUAUGUAAAAAAGCUAGUCGAUUGCUUGAGAAGUUCAAAGGAAUUAUCGAAAUAUCCCAUCGUCGUGAAUACCAUGGGAUUCUGCAAAGGCAUCGGACUUGAUCUCUGCCUUCUCACCAUAAAAUUCGUACAACCUACCUGCGUCAUUCAGCUGGAAUCCAAAAAACCGAAGAACAAUUACGAUUACAAGUUGACAUCGGAUUACGUCAACGAAGUGAAAACCUUGUCUAUAUGUUGGAACGACGCUUCCGUCGCCCAAGUGCUCCAGAGAAACUGCAAGUAUCAUUACUUCAAUGUACAGUCGAAGGCAGAGGGUAAGCGCGUCUUCGAAACCUGGAACAUGGAACCCAGACAGCAGCGAGAGCUCAACAUGCUGUCGUAUUUCAGUAAAAUCGUCGACGACAGGCACAACAAAUCCUACUGCACCUUGAGCUCCGAAACCAUCAACAACAUCGUGCCGUACGAGGUGCCGUUCGACUCGGUCUGCAUCGCUCUGAACAAGAGCGUGUCGCCGACCCACACCCUGGCCGCGAUCAACGGCAGCGUCGUGGCGCUCUGCGGCCUCGACCGAGAACAAAUCCGACACACCGCCAACGAACAACGGUACAACUCGCAAUCGUCGCGCGACUAUCCUCAGUACGUGGUGAACGCGGCUCCGAGCAUGUGCUACGGUUUCGGCAUCGUGCGUGGCAUCGACAUGGAGAAACGCUGCUUCUACGUGAAUACGCCGCUGAACGAGGCCGAGCUGCGGCACGUGAAUCUGCUGCUGGGCUGCCAGGAGACUCCGCAGCCGUUUUUGAGAGCACUGGCCGCGGCUAAUACGGAUGGGCCGGUGCCCUACAUGGGCCCUCCGGGCGUGACGCCGAUGAGCCGCGCGGUGCGCAGGGGCCAGUUCCGCGUCGAUUUGAACGCCUCGAAGAAGGGUUGAUGAACAAGUGUAUAUUAUAUUGUUCUUGUAAAAAGUAAUGUAAAGUUUAGUCGAUAAGACCUGUAAAUUUUUAUAUAGCG